ACGAUUUAACUCGCAAACGGUACUGGCGGCAGGCUGUCUAUUGGGCGCAACGGAGCAACGAUGAAGAACUUCUGGUAUCUUGAGGAGUUUGUUGCCGAUGCUGUUGAUGUAGACUAAUAUUUCCUUAUUUUUUCACCUUGGCAAUACGAAUGCGAAACUAGACCACCGUCACCUUCUCUUAGAAGUACACAAAAGAGCAAGAAGAGCAACAUCAAAUAAUUUCGAUUUAGUGAGUUCAUCCUCUUUUUGCAUUUUGAUCCCUCUAUGUGGUCUAUCACAAUUGUGAAUUCUCUCACUCUCAGGUGCAGAUCCGUGAGCAUGAGGUGCAGGACAGUCUGUUUUUCUACGAUCCGUUUACGAACAGCCUUGAGGACCAUUCUCCGUCCCCGCGUUCGAUGUCUCCAGG